AUGGACAUCAUGUUCCAGUGUGAGGUCACAGGCUCCCCGGCCCCCACCGUCAAAUGGGUCAAAAACGGAGAUGCCGUCAUUCCCAGCGACUACUUCAAAAUUAUUGUGAGCUUGCUGUGGUGUGAAAUGUCAUUAGGAUGCUUGAUAUAAUACCUGUAGUUGAGCUUCUGUUCUUCACUGAGGAUAUUCUGCAGUCUGAUACCUCUUAACCAAUCGCUUUAACACGCAGUACUUCAGCUAGAUGCUCAACUGAUAUUGUCUUUGACUUACGAGUGGCCGGUCAAUCACCAUAUUGACCUCUCACACCGUCUCCACCUCAAUACAUUGACCUCUUUCCCUAUCUCUUCACCACCUGAUGUUAUUGACCUCUCUCUCUGACCGUAGAAUGAACACAACCUGCAGGUGCUGGGUCUGGUCAAGUCUGACGAGGGCUUCUACCAGUGUCUGGCAGAGAACGACGCAGGGAACGUGCAGUCCAGCGCUCAGCUCAUCAUCCUAGAGCAC